ACAUAUAUUAUUGUACGUUUCGGAGUUUAGAAGCAGUUCGAUCGAUUUGAACCGUCGUUAGAAAUUUCGUAACCCCCCUAUUCACACUUCGAGGAGAUCUAUACGAAAUGUUGGCCCUGCCAAACAUCGCCGAUCUGCGCAUGCAGCAGCAGAUCGCUCACGAGAUCUAUCGCCACCAGAUUAUGCAACGUUUGCCUGAUCCCCUGUGCGGCCUUCUGCCUGCCUUUGCUGGGCACUUUGUGCCUCCGCCGCCACCACCUCAGCAACCAUCGCUGCCUGGAGUGGAGGCCAAGCUGGAGAACAACGAACUGUGGCAACAGUUCCACAACAUCGGCACCGAGAUGAUUAUCACAAAGUGUGGCAGACGCAUGUUCCCCUCGAUGCGGGUCUCGUUGAGUGGACUCGAGGAGGAGGCCAGCUACUGCGUGCUCCUGGAGAUGGUACCCAUUGGAGACUGCCGCUACAAGUUCUCCGGCUCUCAGUGGGUCCCGGCUGGAGGAGCCGAACCGCAGAGCCCCCAGCGCAUGUAUCUGCAUCCGGAAAGCCCGGCCACUGGCAAGCAUUGGCAGUCGCAGGCUCUACUUUUUAGCAAAGUGAAGCUGACCAACAACACCCUGGACAACAACGGACACAUUGUCCUAGCCAGCAUGCACAAGUAUCAGCCGCGUUUGCAUGUUAUACGCACCUCUGAUCUUGGCCAGAUUCCCUGGGCCCCGCAGCAGGCCUUCGUCUUCCCCGAGACGGAGUUCAUAGCCGUGACCGCAUAUCAGAACGAUCGCAUCACCAAGCUGAAAAUCGACAACAAUCCCUUUGCCAAGGGUUUCCGUGAGUCGGGCCAAUCACGGUGCAAGCGCAAGCUAAACGAUUCACCGCCUCCACAGCCGGCGGCCACAGCAGGAGGAACCAAUGUGGAGCACUCACCAUUAGCCAAGCGUCUGCGUUUGGUCGACGAUCUGUCGCUGCAUCCACAACAGAAUGCUGCGCAACUCCAGUCCGACCUUAUGCAGCGUCAUUAUCUGCUGGAUACACUGGAGGGAAAUUUCUAUCUGCCAGCGCCGCCACCGCCACAGCUGACAUCCCAUGCCAUUGAAUAUGCCAGACACAUUGCCUGCUAUCCAAGUUGGGCCUACACACCGCCAUCGCCAGCCUCCUCCUCCUCCACGUCGUCCUCCUCUUUCAGUGGCGAGUCGGCAGCCGAGGCGGACGCAGACACCUUUGUGGAUGUGGUAGGCACUAACACGACAACCACCACCACAACGGGCACGCAUGAGUCUGCGGCUUCUGUGGCCGCCGAUGCCGAUGCCGAUGCACAGCCAAAGCCCAAACGGAGCAGCUUCAGCAUCUCGGACAUAUUAGGAACGAGCGUCUCCGUUUAGUCGCCGCCUGCACCCAUUUCGGGAGCACAUUGUACAUUUAAUUAGCGUUAGGUUGCCAUCGUCAUCGUAGUCUCUAAGUUGAAUUGUGAUAUUUUGCAGUUAAUUAGGAUUUCCAGGUAUUUGCCAUCAGUAUUUAUCGU